AUGGUUGUUGAAUUAUUUUUUCAGAUACCACUUCAUUUAAAUGAGCAGUGGAUAUGGAAAGAUGAAACAAAUACUUUAGAACUUAUCAGGUAUCUUCAUUUGACUGAAUUGCAAGUCGAUUUAAAUAACACAUUGACAGCAUAGAUAUAUAUCUAUAUGAUUGACAGUACUAGUUGUUGCUUGUUUGGUAGCUAUCAUAGUGAUCACGAAUCAGUGAUAACAGCUAGCUGGGGAAUCAGUGACAUUAUGGUCAAAGCAUUAGCUCCUUUCACAUCUAACUUUGUGCGUUUGAUUCUUGCUAUGAACUUACACGAAAAGAGUCAGUCAACGCUGACUGACGAAUGUGUCGAAAGUUGUGAGUUUUCUCCAUGUGUUCCAGUUUCUUAAGCUCCCACAGGGAAUUGAGCGCCAUGAACAGUGUAUAGCCUUUGGUUGCACAGUCAUCAGCUAUAUAUAGAGCAAGUGCACUUCACCUGAGAGAUGUAGGUUUGAGGGGGCUCUGGUUUCUUACCACAGGGAAAGUUUACAGCGUGGGUAAUUAGGAUAUUAAACACAGUUAAGAAAUUAAGUAAUAUCACUAUUGUUGUACACAUAAAAUAGUCUAGUAGGCUAAGUAUCUAAUUACUGUAGGUAAGCGUACUUGACGUAUUUAAAGUGCAUUUAUCAUAUAUCCACAUAAAUUUGUGCUGUAUAUAGAAAUGCAUGUAAUGGUAAUACAACCAAGAUAACAAUCUCGAUCAUUAAUCAUUGUCUUUCCUCUUUAAUUCUCUACCUUGGGAAUGAGGUUGCCAAGAUGAUCAUUUCACUAGUGGACAGAAUAUAAAUUUGUAAUUCAUAUAUAUGCAUGAUGCAUAUAUGUGUACCACUUAGGUAGGGGGAGGGUGUGCAAACAACACAAUUUAAAAUGAUGGUUGAUAAAAUAGAUAUUCAGUUGUUUGCCCAUUAUCACUUUGGGAAAUUGAUAUACGAACCAUUUUGAUAACAUGAAAAAAUAUAGGUACAGUAUCGUAUUUUUUAAGUCCUGGUAAUGUUAACCAUAUAAGCUAGAGUUCCUCUUUGAGCACUAAUUGGAUCUCUCUAAUUUAGUCAUGUAAUCUAUAUCUGUUUGACAUUAAAUGGGAAUAAAGAAAUUUAUUCUCUUCCAAUAGUAAUAUUUCAGGAUUAUCAUCGACCAAUCAGAGCAAGAAAUCUCUCAAACCAAUGACCGGAGGGCAUGGCAACCGCAACGAUAGGUACAAUUUAUAUUUAUGUAUAUAUUACUGACGAAAAAAAUCAAUGCCACUUCUGAUGGUUUAAAUUUCAAAAUCUUCACGAGAAGAUGCCAUUGCCCCCCCCCCCUGCCCCUCCUAGGUAAGUGAUACCUGAGCCACCACAUAACUGCCUACUUGGUCCAAAAAGUGCCCUACUCCAAAUUCCAGUUGGGAACCCACCAGUGGGCUGAUUUAAUUAAUGACUGAGUGAUUGACAGAUUGAUACUGAUUGCCAUAGUCAUACCAAACUGGGGCAGAAAAGUUAAACCAUGGAAAUUUGGGAAAAUGCUAGGAAAAAGGAAGAAAAUUUGUGCAGAUUUAUCAGAAAAUUAUAUCUUAAAUUCAAUCAAAAUUCGGGCAAACUUUCAACUGUCCCCACCUCAUACACCUAUGCUGAUUGCCUGCCUAACUAACUAGCCUGGCUGACUCACUGACCAACCGAUUAACCAGCUGGGCCAGGGGAAACUGACUGAUCCGUGUUGUUCAUGUGUCUGUCGUUCAUGUGGGGAAAAGAAUAAAACGGAUAAUUUUUUAUUUUUCAACUAUUUUUCCAGGAUAACAUCAAAUGUGUUGAACAAGAGAUAUGGUAUGAAGUUGCAAGCAGGUCCCCCCUCCACAGCUGUGAGGGGAUCGUCAGCUAGACCCAGCAUACGUAAUGGUCUAACCACGAACACUGCAGAACAUAACACUGUCACCAUGAAUGAUGUCAAGACUGUGGCUAAAAAUAAUUGCCUUAGUGAAAGAACAAAAAAUUCACCUUUAUUCAAGGAGUUAUAUUUCUGGUAAAUGAUGAAAUUUAUUCCAGCCUGUAAUAUAGAGACUUGAAAUUUAUUCAAGCCUGUAUAGGCUGUUUCUAUUGUGAUAGUGAUAACAUAAACACCAGAAAACUGCGUAUUGAUCGAGAAGGAUUCAACUACCAGUACCUGAAAAAUACAAGUAAAACUUCGACGUUUCUUUUUCAUGCAAACCAGCUUUUUUUUACAUUUUCCAUUAUGCUUACGCAUUAACCUGACAGAAUUACAGAAAACAUGCAAGAUUUGAGGAUGGGAUUCCAGACUCUAAUUUUAUAUUGGAUCCGAUCAUCUGAACACAGAAGACCCCAUUUAUUGUCGCGUAUAUAGUGUGAGCGAUGAAACGUUGAGAGGCGCGCUCAGCUGAUCCUGUAUAAUCGAGUUGUUAACAGUACCGGAUUUCUUUUUGUGUAUGGAUUUUAAAACAGAGCAGUUUUAAUUGCAAUUCUUCAAUUUUUGUAGUUCAGAUCAACUAGAUGAUUUUCUUUGGGCGGCACUGAAUUACUUCGGUGCAUUCUUUGAGAGAAAGUUGUUAGAAGAGAAGCCGAAACCCAUGGCGGUGUAA